AUAAUAAAACUCUUUGGGAAAAGGCAUUGUCCUGAGUUUUAAUCGGCUUUGGAGAGAGAGAGGAGUAGAAGAAUGAAAGCCUAAGACCUGUCCAGUCUGUACUUUUUAUCUCAGUCCAACUUUGGUGUUGCCUUGAUAUUACUGGGCCUAGGCUAUUAUUCCUAUAGAAAUAAUGGUAAAGGGCAUAUAUUACCUUAAAAAAAUGGGGGAAAGGUAAGAAUAAAAUUUUAAAGUUUCCUAAAGAAAUUCUCUCAUUCCUGCCACUGUCUCUGUCUCUUCAGCCCCCAUCCUAAAUGCCCAUACAUAAAUCAGCCUUCAGCCACUUGUAGGGAUUUCUCACAGUAUUUUUGGUUUGCUUAUUUUUUUAAUUUUUUGUUGGUAUUUAUUGUUAGGAACGUUAUUCUCUCCAUUUUGUAAUUUCUGUAGAGCUGAUUUUGGGACUCACCAUCUUCAUGGUGAUUGAUAAUCCUGCCAUAAUGUUUAAUCUGAAAUCUUAAUGUUUUAUUCACAGGGAGGAAUACAAUUUUUUCAUCUAUAAUUUGGAAGCAAAGUAAAAUAACAAAAUGAAGCCAGCAAAACAUCUGUUAGCCUCUAGUAAUAAAUUGACAAAUGUUCCAGAAUUCACUUACAAAAAAGGACUGUUGAAUUUACCAUUGUCACCUAAACCAAAGGAAAAACAUAGUACAAAAUUAGUACGUGAUAAACUUGAACCAAUGGUCUUAGGAUCUCCACCAACAGGGGAAUCCAUCAUAAGGUAUGCUUUGCCCAUUCCAUCAAGUAAGACAAAGGAGUUAAUAGCAGAAGAUGAAUUGAUCAGGAAAAUUACCAAACAUCUGAAGAUGAUUGUUUCUACUUUGGAAGAAACCUAUGGAUUUGGCAUUCAAAAUGGAGAAAAAUCAGUUGUGAAGCCUGAACCUGAGGAAUUAACUUUAUCGGUUGGGGAUGAUCUGAAUUCAUUCUUGAGAUGUUGUUCACAAUUUGCUGCUCAGUUAGAAGAAGCAGCUAAGGAAGAACGUAACAUUUUGGAAUCUCUUUUUAAGUGGUUUCAGCGACAGGUCAAUCAGAUGGAAGAGAUAAGUAAAGAUCAAACCUUUUUAGAGGCAGAGUUUCCAGCACCUGACAAGAGAGUCACCUUAAACGUUGCGCAAGUAGUAGAGCAGGUGCAAGCACUAGAAGUACUGAAAAAUCGCCUUAAACAACAGUCUAAAUACUCCUUGAGGACCGCAUUGUCUAAAGCCAAGGAUAGUGAAAAUUUACCAGGAGCAGUACAUAGUUACGAAGCUGUACAGCAGAUAAUCGAAGAAUUCAUAAAAACCCACUCAACUGAAGAAUUUAUAGAUGUUUCUGCAACUGAUCCACAAACUGCUUACUCCCUGAGGAAGCGAUUAGAUGUCAUGUUGAAAAUAUUUGAAAAACAGUCAAAUAUGUUGGAGAGAGCUGUGAGUGAUCAAGGUUUGUUAGAGGCUAAAUUCAAACAAAUGGAAAGUGAUUUUCAAGUGUUAUUAGAGGAGAAAUUGGGGCUGGAAAAUGAAUUACAAAAGCUGAAGAAUACUGAGAAAACAAAGUCAACGUACAAUAGGACAAAGAAAACUAUAAAAACUGAGAAGAAAAAAGACAAAGGAAAACCUGAGGAUUCAGAAGAGAAGAAAUCUCUAGUCAAAGACCUUAAAAUAAAAGGAGAUUUGUUUCAAGUCCAGGAAGCUGAAAGAGCGAAGCAUCAACUUGACUAUUUCCUAAAUCAAGGGAAAGAAUUAUUUAAAAGUGAAGGGAAGACCAAGACAACAAUGGAAAUGGGUAUUAGUAAAAUAAAAGUUGAAGAUUCAAAAGAUAUACCAUUGGAGAGAGGAAGAAGGAAAUCACUAGUUACAGAUUCAGGUGGACAAAAGACAAAUUCUAAAAUCCGAGAACAUCUACAGACAGAGAGAGAAAAUAUAAUUUUGGUAGUAGUUCAUCUUCUACAGUGUUUCUUCCAAUGCCAGGAGGAAGAUUAUUCAAUUCAGUUUAGUUCAAAUAGGGAAAUAUGGACUGAAUUUCCAUGCUGUGCAAGGCACAGUGCUAGAUAUUAUGAGGAAUAUAAAGAUGACAGCUGUAUCAUCCUUGCCCUCAAUGCAUUAAACGUUCUAGUAAGGCAGACAAGACAUGUGCAGUAUAAUGCAGAAGAUGCAUUCUAUAAAAGGUUACCAAAAGGUUGCAUCAAAAAGGAGGAAAAGUUAUUUCUGGCUUGA